AUGGAAGGUCCUCCUGGUGAUUUAAAGCACUUGUUUAUUGAGUGGCUUCAGGAAGCUGCUAUAAAUGCUACAAAAAAAGGCACGAAGGCUGCUAUAUUAUAUAAUAAGGCACUAGGCAGUGUUAGGAAUUACCCGCUACCUAUUAAUGAUCCAAAAACGUUAAAGCUGGUACAGUUCGUAGGAGACAAGACAUGCAUUCACUUGUCAAAAAAACUAGAAGAAUAUUGCAAAUUGAAUAACUUUGAGUUACCUGUGGCAUUUGGCGGUUUAAUCAAUGGGGGUGUGGGUGAAAAACGAAAACAUGAGGUUUCAGAUACAUCGAACUUACCAGAUGCCAAACCCAAAAAACAAAGAAAACAGAAGCAGUAUAUACCCAGAAAGCGAUCUGGAGGAUACGCGAUACUAUUGGCGCUAUAUUUCGGUGAUAAAAAGAAGACUGGAUUAACCAAGGAAGAAAUAAUUCAGCGUGCAACUCCAUACUCAGAUAAAUCGUUUAAGUCGAAUCCUUCUGCGAACGAGUUUUAUUCAGCAUGGAGUUCUAUAAAAAGUUUACAAACCCAUGAUUUGGUUGACUCUUCUGGUAGAAGCUCAAAAUCAUACUUUCUCACGGAAGAAGGAUAUGAACUUGCUAAACAACUAAAAGAUGCGGAAGGGUUUGAGUCGUCACCAAUCACAAAUCACAUUGCAGACUUAUCAUUUGACAAUCAAGUUAGAGUGACCCCAGAUAGUUCGUAUUCCAAAAUAAGUCAACAAUUGGAUAGUUCUCCAUUGAUGAAGACGAAGAAUAACAAAGACCGGUAUGGAUUGGGUCCCAGCCGACUUAGCUCCACAAGAGAACGUAUAUUAGACCUUUCUCUGUCUCCACGUUUAAUUUCUUCUCCAUUAAAACCCAAAGACUUCGUUCUUCGAGAAAGCUUGUCUUCCCAUAACUCCACGCGGCCAUUACAGGAUAGAGAGUCGAUUUCAAAAGCUGAGGAUGGAAUUAAUACUAAGACCAAAGCAAGAUUAGUGCAUGAUGCUUCAAAAAGGAUAUAUGAUGGUACGAAUUACGAUAUAUGGGUUCCGGGAGAGUUUGAAAUUAUUUUAAUCAUAGAUAACAGAGAGAUACGGUCACAAAGAGAUCGUGAUUUCUUUCAGACUCGUUUGACUAGUCUUAAGGUAGAGUGUGAUGUACGACCGUUGUCAGUGGGAGAUGUGGUUUGGACGGCGAAACACAAGAAGACUGGCAGGGAGGUGAUUUUGAAUUAUAUUUGUGAGAGAAAAAGGUUGGAUGAUUUAGUUUCGUCCAUUAAAGAUGGACGCUUUCAAGAACAAAAAAAUAGGUUAAAAAAAUCGGGUAUGAAACAGUUCUAUUACUUAGUAGAGGACGUUGUGACUAGUGACAUGAAUAAAUUUGGUGAUAUGUCGGAUGCAAUACAAACGGCCAUGUCUAUGACCAUGACAAUAUCCAAUUUUUAUUUGAAAAGAUUCAAAUCUAUCGAAGAUACAAUUGCAUUCCUAGCGUCUUUAACCCAAGUUAUUAAAGAUCAAUUUGCAAAAAAUAAGACAAAUCUAUUGGUUCUAAAGGCCAGGUCAAUCAAGAACCAAGCCGAAUACAGUCUGUUAAUUGCAAAGUUUAAAGAGAAAUUUGAAAACAGGCUGACCCUGUAUGAGUGUGCUCAUUUGUUUUCCACCUUCCAGGAUUCUAUGGGAAAAACUGGUAUGAUGACGGUAAAAGAAACGUUCAUAUUAAUGUUAAUGGGAAUCAGAGGAGUUUCGUUGGAAAGAGCUGUUGCAAUUCAAAACCGUUUCAAAACCCCCAAGAAUCUCAUAGAAUUCUUCUUUGUAGAAAACAAUCAUCUUAGUGAGUUAGAUAAGAAACAGCUAAUGAUGGACGUUUUCAAAAAUGAAAUAGGUAAUAAAAAAAUUGGAAAAGUCUUACUGGAAAAGAUCUAUGAUGUGUGGGGAUGUGUCUAA